AUGUUUGAAUUCGUAAGGAUCCAAGGCGUCACACCAACAUCAUCAUUCAGUAAUCGCCACGGUGCGUACGUGGAUCAGAAGGUCAAGAUUGAACCCAUUCGGAUAAUCAAUCACGGAAGUUGGUACGGGCGGAGCGUCAUCUUUUCAACGACUGCAGCGCCAUAUGUCUCUAACGCAACAUCUCUUCAAUCAACGUUGUCAACGCUAUCAAAGAGUGUCCCAGCGGACUCGGCAUCGGUUUCUCCAAAUUUCAUUGCAAGCCUUGCCAAUUUAGAUAGCUUCAGCGGGGAGUCUAGCUCAGGUACACCUUCGACUACCUCUAUUUCGUCCGCCUCCGACGAUUUGCGCCAAUUCACAAAUUCAUCCAAUCCGACCAGGAUCUUGGCGUCCGCUACGCCAUAUGCUGAGCCUACAAUUAAUCUGACUGAUUGGGACGCAGCAACUGACAUUGUCUGUUUAUCGGCCCUCAUUGAUGGACCCAGUAAUGUCUCAAAUCCCUCUGGCAUGAUCCCAUGCUAUAACAUCUAUAGCUUCGACCAGAUUUGGGGGAUUUUUGAGGUAGAUCUAAGAAUUUAUCGCACAGCAUGGCCGACGGGUGAGUGGGCUGAGGUCAAUGAUCAAAGCAUCAGCAUUGGUAUGAAGUACGAGCACGCAAAUGUUACACGCCAGGUUGUGGUUGAGGGCAACGGUGCAACUCGCUCUGAAGCUGGAUUCGAGAGGGACAGCGAAGUUACCCGUUUGAUGAAAAGAGGCAACAAUUUCGCAAUUACGAAGUUUGGCGAGCUGAGGCUGCAGGGGCAGCUCGAAGAUAAUAUGGGAACAAUGUUCAAUGACAGUGCAUUCGUCGUUGCCAUUCUUACACCUGACAUCAGACUUUCAGCUGUGAAUCAUGAUGGAAGCAAAGUGGUUACAAAUCUUGAAGUCAGAGAUACGGCUUUCCUUUACGGAGUGCUCGCGCCCCCACAAUCACAAAAAGAUCAGACAUCUGUUCCACCCACUAAUGAGGUCGAUUCGACGACUUACGUCUCUUAUGGAAUCAAGACAAAUGUAGUACCCAUCACUGUGCUUGUAGCUGGUGUUUGGGCUAUCGUCAUGUUGAUAUUGACCACUUUUGAAGUGGCUGUACGUCUUUCAGCGAGGAAUGAGUAUCGCAAGGCUCAAAAAGAAGGGAGAGCAAAGAGGCCCUUCAUUGUGAGCUGGGACUGA